AUGCUUUUUUCUCAAGCAUCUUUGUUCCUCCACUUCACUCAAGUAGCUCAGAGUAUCGCCACAAGGUUUGGUUUUAUAAAAGCCAGGGUCAAAGAGGAAGUGUUAAGAAACAGACGGGAACGACCAAUGAACACUCAUUAUAUCAGGAUCGCUAAUGUCCCCCACAACAACAAAGGGCUCUACACCAUCCACGAGGUUGAGUCACUCAUGAGCGCCUUCUGGAUGCUAUGCGACGCUGUUCAUCAGGCUAACAGCUUCUACGGAGACCAGCUGCUGAGUGUCUUCUUUACCUCGCUUGUCCAUAUCACGAUCAGUAUUUACUACUUAAUCGGCAGCGUAAUACUAAGACAGUCAACCGCUAUCACUGUGUUAGGAGGGUUGGCUAUCGCCCACAUUGCUCAUCUGGUUCUGUUGGUGCGGCCGAGCACACUGGUGGCUGAACUGGCCGACGGCAUGGCACCUAUGAUUUGCAAGUUGAUCAACACGGGUUUGGACCCAAUUCUGGUGGAACGCCUUGAAGAGCUUUUGUUGCAGUUAGGGAAACGUAAAUCAAGAUUUUCUGCACUUGGAUUUUUCCAACUUCAAAACUCCGCCGUAAUCAAGAUGGCUGGUGCAGUGACCACCUAUUUGGUGGUAUUAGUCCAGUUUCAAUUAGAAAUAGUUCCACCUGAAUUCUUUAAGUCAGUUACCUAA